CAUCUGCGAGCUGCAUGGUUGCCUUCAUUGUUGUUCCUGAACUUUCUCAGACCUCCUUGCCUGCGAGACGUCGACAUGGCAUCUGCCACCGUUUGUGCAACCCAAGAGGAAGAGGAAGAUGCAACUAUUCUUCGCUUUCCCAAAGAAUUCACUGGAACGGAGACAUUGUUUAUUUCGGAAGUGAACCUGCUACUGGAGCAUCGAAAAUCCCAGAACGAGAAUGCAGACGAUGAUCAGGAACUUUCUGAGGUCUUCCAGAAAACGCUGGAGUACACACAGAGAUUCAGUCGAUUCAAGAACAGAGAAACAAUCCAAGCUGUUAGAAGCCGCUUAACUCAGCAACAGAACCCGGAGCUGCACAAAUUUGAGAAGGCACAGCUGGCUAAUUUAUGUCCCGACACUGCAGAAGAAGGAAGAUCUCUCAUUCCAAGUUUGGAAGGCCGUCUCGAUGAUGGUGAGCUCCAAGAAUUGCUCGACGAUCUGCAAACGCAUCGUGACCACCAGGGUUAGAGACAGUGCUCUUUAGUCAGGAGUCCUGAAACUGCCCAAGUAUUUCCACCAUGGCAUCACUGUGCUUGCAAAGAUAAGGAAACUCACUGUUGUAGGUGUUCGAUGUGUGUGUUGUCUGCUACACUGUAGAACACCUGAUUUGGGCUGGCUUUUUUCUGUAAAUAUGUCCAAUACUUGCUGUAUAUACUUCAUGCUGUCCGCUAGUGUACAUUUCGCUUCAUAGGAUUGUAUAUUUUUUAGGUAUGCUCUGUUUUAUCCCUUAGACUGGGCUCUGUUUAGUUUGGGUGUGAAUGCUAUCCUCAACCAGCAUUCCGUGUUUUGUGCUCCUGAAGAAAAAAAUCUGUCGUGCUGCAAGUGCGUUGUGUUGUUGCUGGAGCUGUAAAUGUUUUUUGAUGUCUUUUGCCGUGUGGCACUAUACAUAUUUUGCCAUUCCUAGCGGUAUACUGUCUGUAGAGCUUCAACAAAGCCGCCCAGCCUGAUGAAUGUAUCAGGGUGGCGUAUUGUGUGUAAGUAGGCGUCAGAAGAAGAA